AUGAGUAUCACGGAGCACAAUGAGCUCUUUCCAGGAACUGACAGCCGUAUCUUGACAGCUUCAGCCGCAGAAGCCACUCAUUUGGCUGACCUGUCACGGCUAAUCAUCGAGAAGGUAGCAGAGUGCGCUCAGCCUUCCAGUGAUCCAACGGCCGGGCCUCCGAGCGGGCCGAGCGAACUCAGGUCCCCAAAGCAGCAGUGGGUGGCCUCAUCGGCAAAGGAGGCACUGAAGGCUCUUCUUGACCGUUUGGCUUCGACAGGGUCGUCUCAAUGGCCGGCACACGCGCAGCGCUUGAGCACCUCGGAUGAAUUUGCAUGGCGGAUGAUCAUGGAUGAGAUCAACAAACAGGUGCAGGCACUGCAGGAAGAGAGUUGGCACGGCUCCCUGCAGCCUCAGUCAUGUCAGGUGUAUCCUUUCCGGGAGACCACCAACAAAGAUGCUGCAUUAUGCGAAAACAUGCACGACAAAUACUCUGACGAAAGCAAGAGACGUGCUUCCUUCGUCUCGGAUACGAGUGAUGUGAUUGACAGGUUAGAGGCAGCCGAUGGGCAGCACAACCUCGUCGUGGUCGCCAGUCGCAAUGUAAACUCUGAGGCCGUUCGUUCGCAGCGGGUUGAGGCUGCAGUUGCCUCUCGUGGUCUCAAUCAGUUCGCUCGGGGCCAAACACGUACUGCCCUCCAAGACGAACCAAGCAGUUCAACUAUGCGAGGUAGAUUCCAGAAGAUGGCAACAUCCCUACGCUUGUCCCGAAUGGGAACCAUGAAGCGAGACCAGAUGAUCAAAGAAGUGACCGCGGCAGCUCCGCAACAAGGCCUGAAAGGUGCAAGCCUCGAAACACGGCUUGCAACAUUUGGCAUGCAGAUGCUUGAAAUGGAAGGGGACGGCAACUGUCAAUUCCGAUCAAUGGCAUUCAACUUGUUUGGCAAGCAGGACUAUCAUGCUUCACCACGGCAAGCCGCUGUGAGACACAUGAAGAAGCACUCAGACUUCUUCGGGGUUUUCUUCGAGACUGCGGCGGAGUUUUCGCGAUAUCUGCAGAACAUGGCUCGCAAUGGCACGUGGGGGGAUGAGCUCACGCUGCGAGCUGUGGUCGAGGCGUAUGGCUGUAUUGCUCAUGUAGUGACCUCCGAGCCGGCAAACUGGCAUCUUGUCCAGAUAAGGCUGGGCACUCCCACUGGGCAUUCCUACUGGGCCGGCUUUGAGUCUGUAGCAAAGAAUCUUGGCAGGCACCUACACAGGGCCUGCGGGGGCUUUCUCCUUUCGCCACCAGGCCUCGGUGCCGCUGCGGGCGUCGGCCGCCUGAACCACGGCGUCGAGCUCUUGACACGGAUCUCAGAGGGCAUGCCGCAGUACGUCUUGGAGGACACACGAGGGUUCGCGUUGAGUUGCGUGGUGCCCAACAGACUGGUCGGUGGCAUCAUUGGCAGGGGUGGCAGCGGCACGAAGGAGGUGCAGCAACUUACCAACACCAAAAUUGGGAUUCGCGACAUACCUGGAGAUGCGGAGCAUCGUUCUCUGAACAUCGCAGGCCCCCUGCCAAACGCAUGCGCGGCCUACAUGCUGAUGAUGAAGAGGUAUCUGGACUCAGAAGCUCAGGCUCCCGGCGGCUACAUCAACUGA